AUGCCUGCCUCAACGUGGAUACCGCCGCCGCCUCCAGACCCCGACACACUGGUCAACCCAGCGCCCUUCGAGCCCUUCCCUCUCAUCCAACUACGCGCCGGCAAGAUCAAGAAGUCGCUUGGAAACGGCAAGAUCGCGUCUGCCAUCUACAAAGGACCGCUGACGGGUCCAGUCGAGAUCACCGAGCUUGGUAUUCCGACCGAUGAACAUGCAUUCCAUCUGCACGGCGGCCCAGAUAAAGCGCUCCUCCACUACUGCACAUCGCAUUACGAUGAGUGGAAGAAAGAGUUACCGGCCUCGGAACACCAUUUCAAACCCGGUGCGUUUGGCGAGAACCUCUUCAAUACCGAAGUUAGCGAGAUGAACUUGUGCAUUGGAGAUCGACUGGCCAUCGGUGACAUUGUUGUCGAGGUUAGUGAGCCACGCGGACCUUGCUACAAGCUCAACCAUCGCUUCGAGGUCAAAGACAUGGCCAAGCGCACACAGACGCUACUGCGGACAGGCUGGAUGUACCGUAUCAUCAAGACCGGCACCAUCACCGCCGGCGACAUGAUCUCCCUACUCGAGCGACCGCAUCCAGAGUGGACGAUAGCCAGGGUUAUGUACUACCUAUUUAUCGAAACAAACAACGUGAAAAUGAUGAAGCAGAUUGUGCAGCUGCCGCAGCUUGGAUGGGACAUCAAAGAGAAAUUCCAGAAACGUCUAGACAGAGGUGUUGUUGAAGACCACAAUAGCAGACUGUUUGGUGGCGAGGACGAGAAGAUGGAUACUUGGAAUGAAUACCGCCUUGUCGAGAAGCGAAGGGAGACGAGCAGUGUUACGGCCUUCAUCUUCGAAUCCAUUGAAGACAUCCCAGAGCCGCCGCACGUCGAGCCAGGAAGCCACGUACGGCUUAAGCUGGGAGGAAAGUUGGUACGCGCCUACUCCGUCGUAAGCGGCACCUCAAAGCGCUUCGAGCUCGGUGUCGCACUAGACCCAAGCAGUCGCGGCGGCUCCAAAUACCUCCACUCGCAGACCAAAGUGGGCGAUAUCCUCACCGUCGGCCGCAUCACAGCAAGCUUCCCGCUCGCCAAAACUGCAGACCGACACAUCAUCAUCGCAGGCGGCAUCGGCAUAACAGCGUUCAUGACAGCCUUUACCUACCUCCAAGAAACGAACCAAGACUUCCACAUCCACUACGCCGUCGCAGAAGAAGUACCCUUCGCCUCUCAAAUCGCCGCACUAGGCCCCAAAGCAACAAUCUACAACAAAUCGCUCGACCAACGCCUGAACCUCUCCGCUAUCCUCUCAAAAGCCGAUCUCCAAACCCACAUCUACACCUGCGGCCCCCCACGCCUCAUGGACGCCGUCGUUUCCACCGCGAAAUCCUACAACAUCCCCGAAUCCUCUGUCCACAUCGAAGCGUUUACGGUAGCUACAUCCGGUGAUCCGUUUACCGCGGAGCUUAAACAAAGCGGGAAGACGGUGGACGUGCGGGCUGCGGAGUCGCUGCUUGAUGCGCUGAGGGCUGUGGGUAUGGAGAUUGAUAGUUCGUGCGAGGUGGGGAAUUGCGGGACGUGUAGGGUGGAUGUUUGUGGGGGGAGGGUGGAACAUCGGGGGACGGGGUUGUUGGGGGAGGAGAUGGAGGCGGGGGCUAUGUUGAGUUGUGUUAGUAGGGGGGUGGGGAGGGUUGUGCUGGAUUUGUAG